CUCGCCGCCGCCGCCGCUGCGCCCCAGCACGCGCGUGCGGACCCCGGGGCCGGCGGCGCGGGAACCUGCGGAGGACGCCGGCCGCGCCCGGCCCGAGGCGCGGGGCGCGGGCGCCCAGGGGUCCCGGCGCGGAGCGGCGGGCGCAGGCGGGGCCGGGCGCGCCGAGGACCCCCGGGCCGGGAGGAGCGCGGGCCACCAUGGGCUCUGUGGGCAGCCAGCGCCUCAAAGAGCCCAGCGUGGUGGGCACGCCAGACAGGAGUGUGGCGAUGAGCUUCAGCUUCGACAGCUGCCAGCUGGAGGACGAGGUGCCGGCUGGGGCAGCUCGGGGCCAGGGCGGUAGGGCCAGGGGCAUCACGAUCUUCAGUGACUCCGUGGCAGAGGAGCCGGUGCCCAGCGACCGAUACCACGCCAUCUACUUUGCAAUGCUACUGGCUGGCGUGGGCUUCCUGCUGCCGUAUAACAGCUUCAUCACCGACGUGGACUACCUGCAUCACAAGUACCCAGGGACAUCGAUUGUGUUCGACAUGAGCCUCACCUACAUCUUGGUGGCACUGGUGGCCGUGAUCCUGAACAAUGCGCUGGUGGAGAGACUGAGCCUGCACACCAGGAUCACCACGGGCUACCUCUUGGCCUUGGGCCCCCUCCUCUUCAUCAGCAUCUGUGAUGUGUGGCUGCAGCUCUUCUCCCAUGACCAGGCUUAUGCCAUCAACCUGGCCGCUGUGGGCACCGUGGCCUUCGGCUGCACAGUGCAGCAAUCCAGCUUCUAUGGGUACACGGGGAUGCUGCCCAAGAGGUACGCCCAGGGGGUGAUGACUGGGGAGAGCACAGCGGGCGUCAUCGCGUCCCUGAGCCGCAUCCUCACCAAGCUGCUGCUGCCUGAUGAGCUCGCCAGCACACUCAUCUUCUUCCUGGUGUCCGCUGGCCUGGAGCUGCUCUGCUUCCUGCUGCACCUGGGGGUGCGGCGCAGCCGCUUCGUGCUCUACCACACGGCGGCGCAGCCCCGCGACGGCCUCCGGCGCAGCCCGGCCGGCUACAGCGUGCACCACGACGUCGCCGCCGGGGACGUCCACCUGGAGCACCAAGGCCCAGCCCUGGCUAACAGCAGGACCCCAACGGACAGCCCAGCGCACGAGGUGCCCAGCAGCCAGGGGUCCUACACGCGCUUUGACAUGCCUCAGCUGAGAGUCAAGCGGAGCUGGCCCUCCCUCAGAGCUCUGCUGCUGCGCCGCUACGCGGUAGCCCGCGUCAUCUGGGCACACAUGCUGUCCAUCGCCGUGACCUACUUCAUCACGCUGUGCCUGUUCCCGGGUCUCGAGUCCGAGAUCCGCCACUGCAUCCUGGGCGAGUGGCUGCCCAUCCUCCUCAUGGCCGUGUUCAACCUCUCUGACUUCGUGGGCAAGAUCCUGGCGGCCCUGCCCGUGGACUGGCAGGGCAUCCCCCUGCUGGCUUGCUCCUGCCUCCGCGUGGUCUUCAUCCCCCUCUUCAUCCUGUGCGUCUACCCCAGUGGCACGCCCGUCCUCCGCCACCCCGCCUGGUCCUGCAUCUUCUCCCUCCUCAUGGGCAUCAGCAAUGGCUACUUUGGCAGCGUGCCCAUGAUUCUGGCGGCAGGCAAAGUGAGCCCCAGGCAGCGGGAGCUGGCAGGGAACACCAUGACCGUGUCCUACAUGACGGGGCUGACGCUGGGCUCUGCCGUGGCCUACUGCACCUACAGCCUCACCCGGGACGCCCACAGCAGCUGCUCCCACACUCCCUCAGCCAACUCCUCCCUCCCCACCGGCCCCUGAGCCAGGCCCGGCCUCAGCCCCGCCCAGGGUGAGCCCUUGGGCCUGACAAGGGGCCCUGAGGCCUGAGGCCCCCUCCCCCCCACUGCCUGCAGUGCCUGCGGGGCUCCGGCCUCCUCCCUGUGCCAAUACCACCGCCCUUUCUGGGCACCCCCACCCAUCCCUCGACCCACUUCUCUGUGAUAAGGGGGUGGGGGAAUAAUUUGGGGUCCACAAAGCAGGGCCCCACCCCUGGCUGAAGUGAGCUCCUAGCCUAGGCAUUGACCGCCAUCCGGUGAGGCCCAAGGAGGGAGAUGAGUGCCCAGCAGACGGCUGGAGGGCGGGUCCUGGCCCAGCCUGAACUCCAGAACUCCCGGCCAGCCCAUCUCUCCAUUCCGAGCUGGGAAGAUUCCACACAUCUUGCCAAGGGCAGAAUUUUCUGGGGGGAAGAUGGCCUGCCUUUCCACACCCAGGGCACAGCUGUGACCACCUGCCCCCUCUGUGCCCCUGUCCUGUCCGUCUGUCCAGUAACUGUACCGCACUGGCCAUUAAAAGAUGAAGGCAGAGAA